AUGUCGUCGGCAAAGCAGCGACCUUCGGUCCUUGUCACCGACUCGAGGGAGAGGGCCAGCCAGAGAAGGGUCCCCCGUCGCCAGGACAGCACUGCCGCCACGAGUGGCCGGGUACCGAUGCGGUUCAUGACUGUCGAUAACGUCCUCCAGUACAACUCGCAGAUCCCAUCUGGCCAGCCGCGCGCCCCUGCCAUGUCUACGCUACGCCCUGGCCCUUCUGCCGGGGCUCCUUCGAGCCGACGAGUCUCUGCCGGUGGCCUCCCCAAUGUUCAAUCGCGCACGGGAAAGCCCAUGCCAUCGCGAACGACCAAGAUCAGCGAGAAGCUAGUGCUUCUACCGGAUACGGACGACAAGGAGGACGCCGAGGAAGAAAUCGAGAGCGAGUCGGUCCUGGCGAGGAGACUGCAGGAAGAGGACAACCGGCCGUUGAGGGAUGAGGAACUCGACGUGCUCAAGAAGAGAGGCGGUAUCCGGGGCAAGAGCUAUGCCGAGAGGCUGCCCAAGCCGCAACGCAAGGACAAAGUCAGUCGCCUGACAGCAUACUGCACGGCCCAGGCCUUCAAGAUUGGAGCCACGUCCGAGUUCUUGCGGAAGAGACACGAGGCCAAGACGAAGCUCUACGACGACUGUCUGUACGUCAUCUACGCGCUGCCCUUGCUCAACGGCACGGAAGGCUACCGCGUACGGGGGAGGCCCAUGCUCAAGACACCGGGCACUGGAAAGACGAUGCUGGAUCUCGAGAUUGAGAGGACAGAGCGUCGGGACCAGCACGAAGGCUACUUCGAAGACGACGCUUACACGACGCCUGAGAGCCCCGAAAGAGGAAGCCGCGGAGGGGGCCCGUUUGCAGACCCGUCCCCAGAGGACGAGGGCCGCCGAGAGCAAGAGUACGGUAUACCGUCACAAAUGAAUCGGCUCGCGCCGGACGCCAAGAACUUUGCCGAAAUGUUUGUCUACUCGUAUGGCGUCGUGGUAUUUUGGAACUUUACCGAGCACCAGGAGAAGGACAUCCUCGCCGAUCUAACCUUUGCUGAUGCCGAGGAUGGCAUCAACCUGCUCACCCGCCCCCUCGACCAGGACGACUUCGAGACGGAGCAGUUCCACUUCGAGUACAGCGCCGACGUCAAGCGGCCACGAGUGUUCAACGACAUGAUUACGCUGCUGCCCAGAUCAGACCACAUGAUCAAGCUCACCAUAAGUCACGCCAUUGCCCAGAGUACCAAGCUGUGCUUCUUCGAGGAGAGGAUGAGCGAGACGAUGCUGGACGCGCAACACGUCCCCAAGACGCUGGCGCUGACGGGCGAGCUCAACAUGACGAGGACGGAGAUUGUCAAGAUCCUCGGUCGACUCUUCAAGAGCCGCGUCGACAUCAAUCUAUCAUCCAACAUCCUCGAUGUGCCCAACUUCUUCUGGGACUCGGAGCCAACGUUGCAUCCGUUGUACGAGGCGGUGCGCGAGUAUCUGGAAAUCGAUCCGCGCAUCAAGGUGCUAAACGAGCGGUGCCGAGUCUUCCUCGACCUAGCCGAGAUCCUGUCCGACUCGGUAGCGGACGCCAAGAUGAGCGCCAUCACGUGGAUCGUCAUCAUCCUCAUCGUCAUCAGCAUCCUCGUGACCGUGACCGAAGUUGGCCUGCGGUUCGUCAUGCUCAGCAAGAACUCGGACAUGACAAAAGGCCCCGGCACCGUGGGAUCGAUCUCGUGGAGCGGAGCGGCGGGCGGACCCGGCGCGGCCCCAGAAAUACUGCUCGUGCCGCCUCCGCCCUCGGGGCUGGAGCCGGGCGAGGUCGGGGCCGGGACGCGGGGAGUCGGGGCCGAUGGGAUGAGCGACCUCGAGCUGCUGGCAGUCACACUCGGCCUGCGGUCGAAUGCCUCGGUUGGCGACAUACGUCAGGGCAUCCUGGAUUUGAAACAGGGCUCGACGUCGCCAGCCCGCUGCCCCCCGUAG